AUGAGUAUCCCAACCAAUUUAAAAGUGGUUGUACUCGGAGAAUCAGGUGUCGGCAAAUCAAGUGUGGUUCUUCGAUUUAUUACAAAUGUAUUCAAUCCCACCUCAGAAGCUACCUUAGGUGCUUCAUUCGUAGGCAAGGCGUUAUCCUUCAAUGACAAAAUUUUGAAAUUUAAUAUUUGAGACACAGCAGGACAAGAGAAAUAUCACAGUUUAGCUAAAAUGUACUAUAGAGACGCUGAUGCAGCAAUAAUGGUCUAUACUUUAUUAUCAUUUUUAUUAAUACUAUUUUAUUCCAAAAAAUAUUUAGCGACAUAAAAAUAAAGAUUUUAACAAUAAAAUUAUUCAAGUAUGCUUAAAGGGCAAAAUAAAAAAUAAAAUAGACUAUAUGAUAUUACUAAAAGAGACAGCUUUAAUGGCCUUAAGAAAUGGUAUGAAGAACUUAAAGAAAAUGGGCCUAGGGAUAUAGUUGUAGCUAUUGCAGGAAAUAAAGAAGAUUUAGUUGAAAAUGAAGCCGUUUCUCCUCAGGACGCCAAAGCCUAUGCAGACUCUAUAGGUGCGAUUUUUAGAAAAACAUCUGCAAAGACAUGCACCGGAAUCGACCAGAUUUUUAAAGAUAUUGCCUUAAAAAUAUUCCCAGAGCUCAAAGAAGAAGCAAGGUCAAGAAGAUCUACAGUUUCACUAACCUUCCGUGAGUGAACAAAAAAAUCUUGUUCGCUCAUGGAGGGUGGUUAAUUUUUUUUUUAAAAAAUGUUAUAAAUAAAUUUUAUAAAAAAUGUUUUUUUUGAAAUUUUAAAAAAUCUUAAUUCCAAAAAUUGGAAAGCAAAUAUUAAUUUAAUUUGUAAAAAAUAUUGUUUUAAACGAAAUUUAUUUAAUAUUAAACAGAAUUAACUAGAGAUUUCAUCAUAUUAAUUUUUACUUAUAUCUCAAAAUUUUUUCCACAAAAAAUUUUUGUUCGCUCACGGAGGUUUUUUUUGGGCAAAAAAUAGGGAUUUUUCUAAUGGUUUUGUUUGCUCAGAUAGGGGAGUAAGACCUCGAAAUAAUUCAAACGAAAAUAAAAAAAAGAAAAAAUGCUGCUAA